GGCCAGCCCCAGCCCGGCUCCGGCGGCGGCAUGUACCUGGCCGGGGCGGCGGCGGCGGCGGCCGCGCUCCUGUGGCUCCAGCGGCGGCUCUGGCCGCACCUGUGGGCGGACGCGCGGUUCCUGCUGCGGGCGCUGCGCUGCCGGCGCCGGGUGCUGCGGGGCGCGGCGGGCUCCAGCCUGGCCCAGCGCUUCGCCAGCCUGGCGCGGGCGGCCCCGCAGCGGCUCUUCCUGCGCUUCGAGGCGCGGAGCUUCAGCUACGGGCAGGCGGAGCGGGCGAGCCGGCGGGUGGCGAACGCGCUGCGCGCCUGGCGCGGCCCCGGGGGGCCCCUGCUGCCCGGCCAGACCGUGGCGCUGCUGGUGGGCAACGAGCCCGGCUUCGUGUGGGCCUGGCUGGGGCUGGCCCGGCUGGGGGCCGUGCCCGCCUUCCUGGGCACCGGCCUGCGCCGCGGGGCGCUGCUGCACUGUCUGCGGGGCUGCGGGGCGCGGGCGCUGCUGGUGGCGCGCGAUCUGUGUGACUCUGUGGAGCCCCUGCUGCCCACCCUGCAGGAGCUGGGCGUUGUGGUGUGGGUGUGGGGCCCGGGCCCCUGCCCGCCGGGGGUUACCAGCCUGCAGGAGCUGGUGGAGGAGGCAUCCGAAGAGCCGGUGCCCCCAGACUUAUCCACGCCCAGGGACAUGAUGGACACCUGCCUCUACAUCUUCACCUCGGGCACCACAGGGCUGCCCAAGGCUGCCCGCAUCAGCCACCACAAGUCCAUCAUGUGCCUUGGCUUCUACCGCCUGGUGGGGGCCUCCAGCAAGGACGUGAUCUACGUGGCUCUGCCCCUGUACCACAUGUCGGGCUCCCUGCUGGGCAUCGUCGGCUGCAUCGGGAUCGGUGCCACAUGUGUGCUGAAGAGGAAGUUCUCAGCCAGCCAGUUCUGGGGCGACUGCCAGCACUACGGGGUGACGGUGUUCCAGUACAUCGGGGAGCUGUGUCGCUACCUUGUCAACCAGCCCAAGAGAGAAGGGGAGCGGAAUCACAGCCUGCACCUGGCCGUGGGCAGUGGGCUGCGGCCCGACGUCUGGCGGGAAUUCCUGCAGCGCUUCGGCAACAUCCGCAUCGUGGAGACCUACGGCAUGACCGAGGGCAACAUCACCUUCUUCAACUACACCAGCACCCUGGGGGCUGUGGGGCGCGGCAGCUUCCUCUACAAGCUCUUCUCCCCCUUCGAGCUGGUGCGCUACGACGUACUGCGGGGGGCGCCGGUGCGGGACGCGGCCGGAUGGUGCCAGCGUGUCGGCCCAGGCGAGACGGGGCUGCUGAUCGCGCCGGUGACGCCCCAGAACCCCUUCCUGGGCUACGCGGGCGGCAGGGAGCUCUCGGAGCACAAGGUGCUGCACGGGGUCUUCACUGCGGGAGACGCCUACUUCAACACGGGCGACCUCAUGGUCCACGACGCUGCCCAGUUCGUGUAUUUCCGGGACCGUACCGGGGACACCUACAGGUGGAAGGGUGAGAACGUGGCGACGACGGAGGUGGCUGAGGCUCUGGCCGCGCUGGACUCGCUGCAGGAAGUCAAUGUCUACGGGGUCGCUGUGCCAGGGUACGAGGGCCGGGCUGGGAUGGCUGCCAUUGUCCUGCGGCCAGGCUGUGAGCUGGAUGGGGCCCGGCUGUACAGCCACGUGGUGGAGUUCCUGCCCCCCUACGCCCGCCCCCGCUUCCUGAGAGUGCAGGAUCACCUGGCCACGACCCAGACCUUCAAACAGCACAAGGUGCGUCUGGCCAACGAGGGCUGCGACCCCACGCGCCUCCCAGACCCGCUGUACCUGCUGGACGACGCCUCGGAGGCCUACGUGCCCCUGACCCCACGGCUCUGGGAGGGCGUCAUCUCGGGGGCUGUCCGGAUAUAACCCCCCCCCCGCCCCACCCGCCUCGGGCGCCCUCUGGCUGGGGGUCACCUGGGGAGACUACAAGUCCCAGCAUGCAUGGCUCAGCACCGUUGCAUGUUGGGAGCUGUAGUCCCCCCUGGCCACAC